UUUUGGCAUCAUUUAAGUUGGCAUGUCCGAUAUUUUGACUCUGUCAUUCUGUCAGCUGUCCAAUUCCAUUUCUUUUUCACUGCUUCGAUGCUGAAGAGUGAACGUCGAGGGUGUGUGAUUAUUCAUUAAAUUUAAUCAACAAUGGGUUUCGUAAAAGUAGUGAAGAACAAACAAUACUUCAAGAGGUUCCAAGUGAAAUUCAAGAGGCGUCGCGAAGGAAAGACCGAUUACUAUGCUCGCAAGCGCCUCAUCGUCCAAGAUAAGGACAAAUAUAACACCCCCAAGUACAGGCUAAUUGUGCGUUUCUCCAACCGCAACAUAACUUGUCAGGUGGCUUAUUCUCGCAUCGAAGGCGACAAAAUCGUUUGCGCCGCAUACUCGCACGAGUUGCCCAAAUAUGGGGUCAAGAUCGGUCUGACCAACUAUGCUGCUGCCUAUUGCACUGGCUUGUUGUUGGCAAGGCGCUUGUUGAAAAAGCUGGGACUGGAUUCCUUGUAUGAGGGUACCACUGAUGUUACUGGGGAUGAGUACAAUGUUGAGGGAGUCGAUAAUGGUCCUGGAGCAUUCAGGUGCUACCUGGACGUCGGGCUGAAACGCACGAGCACCGGAGCCCGAGUGUUCGCCGCCAUGAAGGGGGCCGUCGACGGGGGCCUCAACAUUCCCCAUUCCACCAAGCGUUUCCCGGGUUAUGACAACGAGACCAAGACGUUCAAUGCGGAGGUGCACCGCAACCAUAUUUUCGCCAAUCACGUGGCCGAGUACAUGAGGACGUUGGAGGAGGAGGACCCCGAGGCGUUCAAGAGGCAGUUCAGCCAGUACAUCAAGUUGGGCAUCAAUGCUGACCAGAUCGAGGGCAUCUACAAGAACGCCCACUCAGCCAUCCGCGCCAAUCCCGAUGCCGAGACGAAGGAGGCGAAGGCCCCGCCUGCCACCAGCAAGAGGUGGAACCGCAGGAAGCUCACGCUGGCCGAGCGCAAGGACCGCGUGGCGCAAAAGAAGAAGUCCUAUCUGGCCAAGUUGCAGCAGGAGGAUUAGAUCGGCCGAGGUGGUUACUUCUUCCUUUAUUUUUUUAUUGUGUAACAAUAAACUUGGUUAGGACGUUCGGAGUCUUUUGAUUUGACCUGGAGAUGUUUAUUUUGUUCAACAUAAUACGCCCUCUUGCAGAUAACUAAUGGAAAGUAAGAAUG